CACGCGCAUAUCUGUAUUAAUUCACGUGUCAUUUACUCGAUCGCUGAUCAUCUACAGAGCAUCGACCGCUCGGACUCGAUUCGCUGUAGUUUGUCCCUCCGCGCUUUCCGUCCCGCCAGUUGACAGCUGGGAGCAGAGUACGAACUCCAUGUAUUAAUCUCGCAGAUUAAACUCUGGUGUUUUGUCGUCAUAAUGCACAGAUUAAAAGUCAUUUCGGGCCACUUGUCGUCCUCCGGUUCCCCGAGGUACACGCGGGAUGUACGGCGGACGGAGUGCGGCUCGGCGCCGGGCAGCAGCCCGCAGGACGUGGUGGUGGUUCACGGACCGAGGACCGCCAUCGGGAAAGCGAAGAGAGGGGCGUUCAAGGACACGACGCCUGACGAGCUGCUGAGCGCCGUGAUGCGCGCGGUGCUCGCGGACGUUGGCCUUCCUCCCGACCGGCUGGGAGACGUUUGUGUCGGUAACGUGCUGCAGCCCGGAGCCGGUGCUGUGAUGGCCAGGGUGGCUCACUUCCUCAGGUCAGACUCCUCCUCCUCCUCUUCAUCAUCAUCACUGACUCACGUCCUCCCCCGCCGCUGUGUUCAACAUCGCAGACUCGACCGGUACCGGUACCGGCAGCGGCGGCAGGUGAGUCCGGGGCCCGGAGCUGCCAUGACCCGGCCGGCAGUCUGA